UCAAGAUUAAUUAUAUAACCUAAAAUCAAAUGAUAUCUGCAUGUAAAAAAUUUCUGCUACUUUCUUUCACUAACUAUUCUUCAAAACAAUAAUAUUCCAUUUUCCAAAUGGAUAUUCCAAAACCAUACCACAUCGAAAAGAAACAUUAAUUUCAUAAACUGAAUGUUAAAUAAAUGUUAAUUAUGUUGAAUAAUUGACAAAUCAAUCAAUAUUAUCAAUAUUAUUAAGUAUUGCAUAAAUAAAUAUUGCUGUGGUAUACAUUAUAAUUCACAAUUUGAGGUUAAGUAAUAAUAAAUAAGGAUUUAGUAAUAAUCCAUUCAAUUGAACGAUGCCGGUUAUUUCUGAAAGAAGAUAUUGCUCGACACAGAUUUCUAAACAUUUCGUUAUAACAAUGUAAAUACAAUGUAAGAUCUUUUAUUAAAGAAGCAAACACCGACUAAAUUUUUUUAAAAUAAAAACAAAAUGACGCGAGUACGAUAGAGCAGAAAAGAACAUUUAACGAAAAAUAGUGAUAGCUUGAAGCUUUACUCGAAAACUUUUUCAAGAAUUUCAUGAUUCAUUAUUGAAUUACGUGUAAUAAGAGAACAAUGGAUAAAAAAAAGACAAUAUUAAAAGAAAACUCAGAUAAGGAAUUAGUUUUUGUAUCAGAUAGAUAAUUAAGACUUUACUAUCAAUAAGUUCACAACACGAAAACAUCUGGAAAUUUAAAUACUGUCCUACAGAAAAUGGAAUCCAUGAAUAAAUUUCAGAAGAGUGCAAAAUAUGAAAUCGGAACUCCUCGAGAAUGUACAAUUUCGAGAAGAAAGAAAAAAGAUAAAAGAAGAAUCCAGGAUAAUGCAAUAGAAUUGACUCGUGAUUUUGAUCUGAGUGAGGCAGUUAAGAGACGUUGGAUUCCAUCAAAUAAAAGAAUAGAUGACUCUAUUACUGAAAGACUUGAAUUUAUACGAGAAUUAAACCUGAAAAUUCUUGCAAAUUACACAAAUUUUCAAGCUAAAUCCGGAAAGACAUCAAAACAUUCUACAAGUACUGUAAGUGAUAUAAACCAAUCAAAUGGCAUCAUUAAACGAAAAAGUCAAAGCCGAAAUGUGUUAUCAAAUGUACAAAAAAACGAGGAGCAUGGUAAUGCUAAAUUCAAGAUGGAACCAAUGAAUAAAGCUAAUCUUAAUGACUUCGUAGAAAAAGCUAUGGUAAGUACUCAUCAAUGUAAAUAUUUCUCAAAAGAUGAAAAGAGUCCGAUUAAUAAUAAAUUUUCUGUAAAUAAAAAAUCGAAAUCUAUUGAUGACACAUCGCUUGAUGAACUUACUAAAAGAUAUACAAAAUACCGUUCACAUGCUGAUAAUACUAGUUGUCAAAAAAAAUUGCUAGCUCAUGAAGAUCAUGUUCUACCGCAUUUUAAAGAUUCGGAUCAACAAGAAAAAAAUGCUUCGUAUAAAGAUAUAAUGCAAUAUCCAAGAACUUUUCAUUCAAACCAACUUCAAAUUCUAAAUGAAAAUGAUCAACGAAAUAUCGAUGUAAUCGAAAUUGAUACUGAUAAUAAUCAUCAAGAAGGUUCAGAACUCUACUUUGAGUAUAAUAUGAAUUCAUGUAGUGAUAAUUGCGAACAUUCGUUUGACUCUCAGCAUAAGAAAGAAGAGGAACAUGAAGAAAUAGUAAGGUGUAAACUCGUAAACACUUAUGCUAAUGAAAAGAAACAAAUUCAGUUAAAUGAUAAUGAAAGUCCUGAUAAACUCAGAGAAAAUACGAACCAAUGCGAUAGUCGAAACAAUAAUCUGAAUUUUGGGAAUGAUCAUAAGAUUAGUUCAACUGUAGGUAAUAAUUAUAUCAAUACAAAUUUAUCUAUGAUUGAACAAGACAACGAAAAUGAUGAAGACGAAUAUCAUCAAAAAUGGAUUGAUUCUUCUUUCCGAGAUAGAAUUGAUCAUCAAUCCCAAAGUGGGUGGAUAAGGAUACAUACAGGAACGAAAACUCGUCUUUUCCAGAUCACCAUCAAUACAACAGUUGAAGAUGUUUGUAGAGAUAUGUUAUCUUGCAAUGAAAUAUCUCUCUACGUCCAGCAUAAUGGAGUAUUUGGGCAACGGUUGGCACCCAAUGACAAACCAUUGGAGUAUCAAGAAAAGUUUCUUCAGCAUCUCGGUUAUGAGGACUCAUCAAAAAGAGCAAGACUAGGAGUGGAUCCUAAACUGCGUCAUUUAAUAACUUUUUAUGCUGGUCCAUCUGCUCCAGAAAAAAAUUUAAAAGGAUACAAUCGAUGUGGGUUCGUUUGGAUAUUGAAAGGUCUUGUUACGCCACAAUGGAAGAAAAGGGUUUUGGUCGUUGUUGGUUCGGGACUUUUUCUUCAUUCAGAAAAUUCUGAUUCUCAAGCGGAAUGGAUAGAAUUAGAAGGUGGUUCUAUUUGUUACGCCCCAUCACGAUUCGGCAAAUUCGUAUUACGCGUUACAGGCUAUCCAAUGUUGAGUCGAUGGAAUUCCAAUUAUAAUUCAGAACAACGUCCAUGCAAUCGAGAAACAAUAUCAGCGAACGGUCACCAUGAAAAUAAACAUCUUUAUCUUGGUUUCGAUCAUUCUUGGACCCGUGAAUUAUGGCGAGGAUGGCUCAAACAGGCAAUAGAAACAUCUGAUAGCAAAAGGAAACUGGAUUUGAGUAAUAGCAGUGUAACCAGAAUCCCAAAUUGCGCUUUAGCUUUUUCCGAAAUUCAAGAAAUUCAUUUGGGUUAUAAUCUGUUAGAAGAUGAUGAUAAUAACUUUUCUAUUUUAAAAAGAUUCCCUUCACUCCAAAUGGUAUAUCUGAAGCAUAAUAAAUUAUCAACAAUUCCAACGGUGUUGAUAGAAAUGAAAGGUUUGACGACGCUUGAUAUUUCGGAGAAUAAAAUUGAAGAAAUACCUACAGAAAUUUAUCAACUAAUCAAUUUAAAAGAAUUGAUCCUCGAUCGUAAUAAAAUCAAGAACUUGCCAGUUGAAAUUGAAUUACUAAAGGAAUUGAGGAAUCUUUCGCUUGCGGAUAAUUUGUUUACUGAUCUACCGCCAUUUUUGAAAAUGAGAGCUUUAACAGUUGAUAUGCUGACAAAGAAUGAGUCAAAUAAGAUCAAGGAUGAAAAAAAUAAUCAUGCUCAUUUACAAAGAGUUAACUUAAGAAAUAAUCAGUUGAAAGGAAAUAUCAUAUUAGGAAAUUAUGGUAAUUUGACUCACUUAGAUGUAAGUGAAAAUAAUAUUGAAAAAUUGGAUAUUAGCGCCUUAAGUGAAUUACAAAGUGCACGAUGUGCACGAAAUUCUCUAACCGAAUUAAUUUUGUGUGGAAAAAAUCUUAUUUCACUUAUUGCCGGACAUAACAAAUUAAAAAAAUUGAUUAUUGAACCAACACCUAUUUAUUUAGAGCACCUUGACAUGUCAUACAAUUCUUUAGAUGGAUUACCAGAAUGGAUAUCUGAUUUACCAAACUUGCAUACCCUAUUUGCAUCUCACAACGAUCUCACUUUUCUUCCUGAUAAAUUAUUAUCUCAACCAUCAUCAUUAGAAGUUUUAGAUUUAUCUCAUAAUAGACUACAAUCUCUACCUUCACCAAAGAAGCCACUUAAUAUUGUUCAUCUUACUCUUCAAGAUAAUGCACUAAAAACAUUACCAACUACAUUUUUUCAGUACACUGAAAGAAUAAAAGUUUUGAACCUAUCGAACAAUCGUCUUUCUGAACUUGUAUACAAUGAUCAACAUUCCAAAAGCCGAUCGAAUACUCACAAUUUAGAGAAGUUAUACUUGACUGCCAACUGUCUCACUGAUACAGCAUUAGAUGCACUUGCUAAGUUUCCUGCUCUCCGUAUACUGCAUCUUGCAUAUAAUGUUUUGGACACACUUCCAGAAAGUUGCAUUGCUGCAUGGAGUGACUUAGAAGAAUUAGUUCUAUCAGGAAAUAGACUUCAAUAUCUGCCAGAUAAUAUCUCAAGCUUACAACAUCUACGGGUUUUACGAGUCCAUUCUAAUCGACUUUUAACCUGUCCUACAUUUAAUAAAACAACUUCAUUAAUGGUAGUUGACUUAGCCCACAAUCAACUCAAUCAAGUAAACCUAGCGACCUUGGUACCACCACAAUUACAGUUCUUAGACAUAUCGUGUAAUUCAAAACUUCAUGUGGACCCUAGACAGUUUCAAGCAUACCGAUCGCAAAGACCUGUUUCCCUUAUUGAUGUUUCGGGUCAAAACCGAUCUAGUAUACCCUUUCAUCCAUUUCAACAAGAAAUUAUUGAUGAAAAGAAAAAAGCAGGUCAACCUUGGAAGCUUGGGUUUUCAGAAACAGCAGGAACAAGAGAAAAAUUAUUCAUCUCUCAAGUACGAUUGCCGUCAUUUUGUAACACAGAGGGCCUUUUUGGAAUUUUCGAUGGCUGUACAAAUCAAGAAGCACCAAAUUGUCUUCAAGAAAUAAUUCCAAGACUUGUUCUAGAGGAAAAAACAAUUAAAGAAACGAGUAAGGAUUAUCUUAAAUAUACACUAUUAUCAGCACAUCAAGAAUUGAAAGAGAGAGGUCAAAAGUAUGGUGUUGAUUCAACUUUAAUUCACAUUGUCAAAUUGAAUUCAUCUCAAAGUCAUCCACGCGUGAAAAAGAAAUAUUGCUUGAAGGUGGCCUCAUCAGGUGAAACGAAAGCCGUUUUAUGUCGAGCAGCUGGUCCGUUAGUUUUGGCUCCAUUUAAAAAACCAUCUCCAAACCUUCAAAUGGGGGAAAAUAUGUUGUUUCCUUACGUCAUGUUGGAUCCAGUAACUGAAGACAUCAUUUUAGAAGAAGAUGAUGAAUUUGUAAUUAUUGCCAGCAAAAAAUUAUGGGAAGUAAUGACUAUUCAAGAAGCUGUUAGAGAAGUUAGAGCAGAAGCUAAUUCAGUUUUAGCCGCGAAAAGACUACAAGAUUUAGCUCAAGCAUAUGGCGUUGAAGACAAUAUAAGUGUAAUCGUUAUACGAUUUACCAAUUUUCAUUCAGGCGAUUUAGAUCAAUUAAUGAAAGAACUUCGACACGUUGUAAGUAAAAAUAGAAAUCAAUUGGAUAAUGAUUGUUCUUGCCUUUGUUGCGCACCAUCUUCUCACCAUAAAUCUUUAACUUACUGUUGUUGUCAUGCAAAUAAUGGUGAAUCAUAUUUAAAUGGAAUAUUGAAAAAUAUUAUGAAUAGACCAGAAUACUCAAGACCUCGGCCAAAUAGAUUCUUUAAAAACUCAGGUGUCGUGGGAAAUUCUAGUCCACCAUUCAGAGAUGAUAGAAGUUCUCCAAGUGGACAAUCGGAUCAAACUACUGAUAGUACUUUUAAAUCAAAGCAAUCUAUCGGCAAACCUUGGAUUGGAAACACAGCAUCCCGAGCGGCAUCAAAAAACCGUACAAAUGUGAUAAAAAAUAAUAAUUUCGUUCAAAAAGACAACGCGCAUCCGGAAAAUUCAGGUCCAAUGAACGAAGAACAAUUCAGAUGUUGGGAAUAUAUGCUAGAGCAAAAUACUCACAUGCUAUUUAAUAAAGAAUUAGAUACAUUAACGAGGCUUCCAUUAAAAAGAGGUCAAUCUAGAUCAACACCCCAUUUAGCUAAUAUUCCAUUUCUCUCCAAACGGUUCGGUAGCGCUCGAUCAUUUCACCCACCACUUCCUCGAGCUUCUGUUAUGAGAUUCGGCAGUGGAAGAAGUUUCAUGAACGGAGGACCGAAUGCAGCAUAUUUUGGAAGCUUACAAAGGCUUAUGCCAUAUAAUUUAGAGUAUAACUUUGCCGUCAUUCAGGAACGGGCAGGUUUAGAUUCACUUGAACAAGAUUCUUCGAGAAUGCAACAAUAUUGGGGAGUCGCUACUACUGAACUUUGAAAAAUAUUUUUUAAAUAAGUUGAUUUCCUAUGUAUACAAUAUUUAUCAAUGUUACUAAAGAGAUAUUUAUGGCACUGUUUAAAAAAAUAUAGA